AUGACACACUCCUCCGAGGCUGAGCCCCCGCGGCUCCCUUCUCAAGAUGAGAAGGAGAAAGUCACCAACCAGCAGGUUGAGGACGCAAAAGUAUCGACAGAUAAUGACCUCGGGGUGACCCAAGACGGCUCGGAAAUAAUCACUGCCAAGACAUGGAUUGUCAUUUUUUUCUUGUCAGCGACCUUCGGGCUCAGCUUUUGGCCAGUACCAACUACGGCAGCGAUGCAGGUCAAGAUAGCUACUCGGUUUGGAGAUCCGUUGUCAUACGUUUGGUAUGUUCCGGCUUAUACAACAGCAAACUCGAUCGCCUUCAUCCUCGCCGGCACAAACAGCGAUCUUUUCGGUCGUAGAAUAGUCCUCCUUUUGGGUAACUCCAUAUGCAGCGUGGGAUUCAUCAUCAUUGCCACUGCCCAUUCGUCAACACAGUUCACUGCCGGCCUCGGAAUUACAGGGUUUGGCGCGGGCUUCUGUCAGAUGGCCAUGUGUUCGAUACCCGAACUGAUGCCAAACAAGUACCGACAUAUUGGGAUCACUAUUUCAGAUGGUUUUGUCUAUUUGAUUGUCGUGAUUGGUCCAAUUGUGGGGAGAUACGCCAUCGACGAGGGCAACCGAGAUUGGCAAUUCAUAUAUUGGGCCGGCUUCAUCCUUCAGUUUGCGACACUUGGUAGUAUCUAUUGGCUAUACCAGCCCCCGAAGCACCCAAGAGGCGUCCCGUGGGAAGAAGCCAUCCGUGGGCUGGACUAUGUAGGAUCGCUGCUCAUUGUGCCAGGGAUCUGUCUCACACUCGUUGGCAUCAUCAACACUACUUACAAGUCAAGCCGAGAUGUUACCGUGCUUGCUCCCUUGUGCACAGCUCUGUUUAUAUUGGCUUUCCUCGUUACCAUGUUUUACUAUGGCAUCAACAUAAUCCGGCCUACAAUGGUAAAUGCAUUCUACAUUAAUGAAAACACCUCGCGGAGUGAGGAGCUGCUUCUCACGCUCCCUAAUAACCUUGGUCUUGUGUUCGGAGCUGUUCUGCUUACCUGCUUCGGAAACCUAAUCGGACACUGGAAAUGGACUCUUUGUAUUUCCUGGACUGGCCUGUCAAUUUUUGGCGGAUUGCUCGCGCUCGUCACGCCGUACAAUAAGGGCACCAUGAUUGCUUUUGCAUUCCUGGAGCAAAUGUUCUUCGGUUGGGCACAGUAUGAAAGUAUUGCAUUCACCCAACUGGGAGUGAAGCAAGUUGACCUGGGCAUCUCGGGAGGCCUGGGCGGAGUUGCGAGAUACGCAGGAGGAUCUCUUGCACAGGCGAUAUACACGACAAUUUUGACCAAUACGCAGAAUACCAAAGCAAUGCAGACGGUCCCGGCAGCGGCAGAGGCUCUGGGCCUGGGACAAGCCGAGGCACAGCGGCUGUUCCAAGCCAUCUCGACCGGCGCCUCGAGUGCCAUCAAGGAUAUUCCCGGAAUUACCGACGAAAUUGUGACGGCGGCCAGUACGGCCUACAAGUGGGCUGUGGCCCACGGACUCAAGAUCACCUCGCUCGCUUCCUUGGCGUUUGCUGGUCUGGGUCUGAUUUGCUGCCUGCCGUGUGAGAACAUUGAUGCCAAGAUGAACGACAAGACGGAGGUUUUCCUGGAGAACGAUGUCAACAGAGAAAAGAAUGUGUACCGUUAA